GUGAAAUUCCGUGUCAUUUCUUACAAACUUCCUUCAGUUUCUCCAACGCCUUGAUAGAAAAUAUGUUUUUAAAAUCUUCGAGCGACUGGAUUAUUGCAGCUGGGAGGAAUGCCAAACGAGCGGUAACGUGCGCGUUUACUGCUGGCGACCUACUUGCCAGCCAUUCGUGAUCUUAUGUUUAUGAAGUUUUCGAAGUUAUGAAGUUGCGUGCGAGUCCCGGCCGCGGAAGGAGGAGAGAGACGCGCUGUUGGUGACUGCUCGCACCGGCAGGUGGUGCUUUAGCCCCGCAUCGCUCCAACGUGUUGCCUCUCGCUGACGUGCGAUCACACCAACUGGAGGCCCACUAUGGUAAUGACCCGAUUUUUUUUUUCCUCCUUAAACGAUCGAUGUAGAUCGAGAGACGAGCAACAAAAAAAAAGAUGAAUGAACCGGGUCAGAUCAAUUGUCAUGCGGACGGGUCGGCUCAGUACAGGAGAAUGGAGAAGGGCAGAUAACCGGCCAGCGCGCUUUGAAGGGAAUAAUCGCUGCUAAAGACCAAGUGAGUAAACAUAAGGGAGAAACCGGAGCUCCACAAUUUCAUCACUUUUGGUCAUUUCCAGGAACCUUCAGUUACAUUAUUGGACUUUUUUUUAUUCUCCCUUACAGAUGCCUGUGGGUAAGGACUUAUUUUACAGAGGCAUCGACUGGUUUACUUGUCACAUAUUGUUCACCCGCCUGAACCAUGAAGGUGCGAUGUUUCUUUCUUCUCUUCUACUUCGCCGUCGGCAAAGGCCGGUCGCAAAAAGCCCUCGAAACUAUCAAGAUUGCCAUCGUGCUGCCUCACAACAACACCAACUAUCCGUGGGCUUGGCCGCGAGUGGAACCUGCCAUCCAACUGGCCAUCGAGAGGAUUAACCAGGACAAGGAUCUGCUCAACGGCUACGCGCUCACCUACAUGUUCAAGAGCAGCGAGAAGGACGGCCGCUGCUCCGAUACCCUCGCCCCGUUCAACGCGGUGGACUUCAAGAUGAAGAACGACCCUGAUGUGUUCGUGGGUCCGGGCUGUACCUACGCGGCCGCCCCUGUGGCCAGGUUCUGCAGCCACUGGAAUCUGCCCAUGGUCACCAGCGGAGCGUGGGCAUUCGGCUUCGACAAUAAGACGGGGGACUUCAACACCACCAUCCGCACCGGCCCCAGCUACACCAAACUUGGCGAAUUCGCCAAACACAUCCACGAGACUUUCAACUGGACCUCCAGGGCAGCCCUGAUUUACUUUGACUUAAAGAUGGACGACCGUCCCUUCUACUUCACCGGAGAAGGGAUUUACACCACUCUGGAGACAGAGUUCCCAAACAUGACGAUGAAAUUCGAAAACCUCGUGAAUCAAGAGCUGCGCCAGGCAGAGAUCAUUGACAUUAUACAAUUCAUUAAGGACAAUGCCAGGAUCAUCUACAUAUGUUUCCCGUUGGAAGAGCUUCGGGAGAUGAUGUUGUACGCGCAGAAGGAAGGUCUGACAAAUGGAGACUAUGUGUUUUUCUACGUGGAUCUCUUGGGCGAGAGUCUGAGGAGGAAGUCAACCGGACAGUCCACCUACAAACCCUGGGAAAAUAACCACAGCAGUGAACCACUCCUCAAAGAGGCUUUCAAAUCAGUGAUGAUCAUCACCUACCGGCAUCCCGAAGGCCCGGAGUAUUCUGAUUUCCAGGAACAUUUACGGGAAAGAGUAAAAAAUGGGCCAAAUAUCGAUAUGGACAAUUCUCUGGUCAAUUUUAUUGCUGGUUGUUUUUAUGAUGGAAUUUUGCUCUAUGCUAAGGCUCUGAAUGAGACACUAGCAGGAGGGGGAUCCAAAAAAGAUGGACUGUUAAUCACCAGGAAGAUGCUGGGUCAGCAGUUCCAAGGUGUCAAUGGAUUGGUGAGCAUUGAUAAAAAUGGUGAUAGAGACAUUGACUUUAGUCUCUGGAAUAUGGUCAACACAAAAACUGGAGAAUAUAAAGUUGUUGCUCACUAUCUGGGAAUAAAAAAACAGAUUUACCGUAUUCCCAAUGUAGAGAUUCAAUGGCCAUUAGGUUACAUUCCACCAGAUAACCCUCCAUGCGAGUUUGAAACUGAAGAAACAAUCUGCCAAAGAGCUACUUUAUCUCUGCUUGGAAUUGUUGCGCUGGGAACUGGCCUCACUCUGGUGAUUUUUAUGAUAUCGAGUUUCCUUGCUUACCGGAAACUAAAGCUGGAGAAGGAAUUGGCUAGUAUGAUGUGGCGGAUCCGCUGGGAAGAAUUGCAGUUGGGCAACACUGAUAAAUACCGGAAGAGUGCUGGCAGCCGGCUUACAUUAUCCCUGCGAGGCUCUAGUUAUUGCUCAUUACUGACAACUCAAGGGAAAUACCAGGUUUUUGCAAAGACUGGCUACUUUAAGGGUAAUUUAGUUGCAAUAAAACAUGUAAAUAAGAAAAGGAUUGAGCUAACCAGGCAAGUGCUAUUUGAACUGAAACAUAUACGGGAUGUGCAGUUUAAUCAUCUGACAAGGUUCAUUGGAGCUUGUAUUGAUACUCCAAAUAUUUGUAUUGUAACAGAAUAUUGCCCUCGAGGAAGUCUUCAGGAUAUACUUGAAAAUGAAAAUAUUAAUCUGGAUUGGGUAUUCCGUUAUUCUCUCAUUAACGACAUUGUGAAGGGGAUGGCGUUUCUGCAUAACAGCAUAAUUGCGUCACAUGGAAAUCUUAAAUCAUCCAAUUGUGUCGUUGAUAGUCGUUUUGUGCUAAAAAUCACAGAUUAUGGUUUGGCCAGUUUUCGUUCAUCAUGUGAUAAUGAAGAUUCGUAUGCAUCCUUUGCAAAGAAACUUUGGACAGCACCAGAAUUAAUCAGGUGGAGAAGGGCACCAUCUCAAGGUACCCAGAAAGGAGAUGUGUACAGCUUUGGUAUUAUACUUCAAGAAAUUGCCUUGAGAAAUGGUCCAUUUUAUAUAGAAGGAAUGGAUCUCAGUCCAAAAGAAAUUGUGCAGAAGGUCACAAAUGGUCAGAAGCCAUAUUUUAGGCCAACAACUGACAUCAGUUAUCACAGUGAAGAACUGGGCAGCUUUAUGGAGAGGUGCUGGGCUGAAGAUAUUGCUGAAAGGCCUGACUUUAACCAAAUUAAGAUUCUGAUUAGAAGAUUUAAUAAUGAGGGCAGAAGCAGUAUUUUGGACAAUUUGCUGUCAAGAAUGGAACAGUAUGCCAAUAACCUGGAGAAGCUUGUAGAAGAAAGAACACAAGCCUACCUUGAGGAAAAGAGAAAAGCAGAAAAUCUGCUCUAUCAAAUUUUACCUCAUUCAGUGGCAGAACAACUGAAAUGGGGAGAAACAGUCCAGGCAGAGGCAUUUGACAGCGUCACAAUUUAUUUCAGUGAUAUUGUUGGAUUCACUUCAAUGUCUGCAGAAAGCACGCCGUUGCAGGUUGUGACCUUACUGAAUGACCUCUAUACUUGUUUUGAUGCUAUUAUUGACAACUUUGAUGUAUAUAAGGUUGAAACAAUUGGAGAUGCCUAUAUGGUUGUAUCUGGGCUCCCAGUACGGAAUGAAAAACUCCAUGCACGAGAGAUUGCCAGAAUGUCCUUAGCAUUGCUGGAUGGAGUGAGAUCUUUUAAAAUACGACAUAAGCCCAAAGACCAGCUAAAGCUAAGAAUAGGAAUGCACACAGGUCCAGUGUGUGCAGGGGUUGUCGGGUUAAAAAUGCCUCGUUAUUGUCUAUUUGGAGACACUGUUAAUACAGCAUCUCGUAUGGAAUCUACUGGAGAGGCAUUAAAAAUCCACGUAUCCUCAAUGACCAAAAGCGUUUUGGAUGAGUUUGGAAGUUUUAAACUUGAGCUACGCGGGGAAGUUGAAAUGAAGGGUAAAGGCAAAUUGAGGACCUACUGGCUGCUUGGUGAACAGAAGGAUAUUUCCGAUAUCUAACAUGAUGUUCGAUGUGAAAUCGCUUGUACACUAUUAUACUGCAGAACAGUGAUUGUUCAAGCUGUAGUUUAUUUGUUACAUAAACAAAUUUUGGCUAUGUUAAUUUCUGGAAGAUCUUAGAAGAUAUCAGUAGCCUAGAAUUAUCCUGGGUAUGAUUCAUACCUGAACAAAGCUGCAAAAUAAGUAAUUUUUAUUAAGAACAUUUUUCUUCUUAGCUUUUCAAUAAACCCUUAUUUUUUUGUGCUUUCUAUAUUAAGAUUUAUAUAAUGUGUUUGAGAAUUUUUUUUAAUAUAAGGGGUAAAAAUCUGACCUUGUUCACUCGUGUUAAAUGAGUCCAAAAGUUUUCACUGUUAAUUGUACCUCUUUCAUGACAUAUUAGUCCCAUUGACUGUAAUGGAACCAAAUACUAGGAUGUGAUGAUACCUGGUGUUUGGUUUUCUUACACCCAUUUAACACUUUCAACCAAAGGUAAAUUCCUACCAUAAUAUUUUCCCAAUAUAAGCUGUACAUACUGUGUAUCUAAGAUAUUGCUAAAUAUUUUGUUCAAAUAAACCAGAUAAAAUUGGAUUGACUGGCAUUUCAGUUAAUACUUGGGGACGUAAGUUGCGUGUAUAAUAUUCUGAAUUAAAAGUUGAGAUAGUUUCAAGAAGAUAAGAGUUUUAGGGUGAAAUUAAGAAUGCAAGACAGUAGAACUAGGAGAAGGCUACAGUACCUAGCCCCAAGACAGGCCCAUGAUUCAAUCUGAUUGUGGCUGAUCUGCCCUGAGCCUCAACUCUGUUUAAGAAGGAACUGCAGAUGCUGGUUUAAACCAAAGAUAGACACAAAAAGCUAGAGUAUCUCAGUGGAUCUGUUUCCUUGCCAGUUCCACAGCCCUCAAUAAGCUGAUCUAGCAAAGACUUAUCUACCUCCUCUUUAAAUACCUUCAAUGAUUCAACCUUCAGAACCCUCUGUUACAGAGUAUUACAGAGAUUCAUCACCCUGUAAAAAAAUCACUCCUUUGCACCUCAGUUUACAAUGACAUCCUUCUUAUUUUGUAAUUAUGUCCCUGUUUGAAAUCCUCCACUCAUGGAAAAAAUAUCAAUAUCUAUCCUAUCAUGCCCCUGUGACUUUUAUGUGGUUCAAUAGGAUCACCCUUAAUUCUCUCAGUUCCAAAGAAUGUAGAUGUAAUUGUUUUAGCUACUCCUCAUAGGACAUCGGCUCUUCCCAGAAAUGAGUCUGCUGACUCUCUUCUGGACUGCUUCCAAUGCGAGUAUAUUCUUUCUUAAAAUUGUGGAACAAUAGUGGUGGCCCAAUGGCAGAGGGGCAACACAAUGGUGUAGCGGUUGAGCUGCUGCCUUAUAGUGUCAGAGACCUGACUUCCAUCCUGACUACUGAUGUCUGUAUGGAGUUUGUGCAUUCUCCCAGUGACUGUGUUGGUAUUCAUUGAGUGCUCUGGUUUCCUCCCACAUUCCAAAGACGUACAGACGUACAGAGGAUUUGGUAAAACUACAUUGUCCCUAGUAUGUAGGAUAGUGUUAGUGUAUGGGGGUCGCUGGUUGGCAUAGACUUGUUUGGCUAAAAGGACUGUUUCUGCGCUGUAUCUCUAAAGUUUAAAGUCGUGAUACUCAGUACAACAGGUGCAGCCGCACCAACAUGCUGUAUAAUUGUAACAAUACUUUUCUUCUUAAGCUCCAACCCUUUAUGAAUAAAGACCAAUGUGCCAUUUGUCUUAACUACUUGCUGUACCUGUCUGCUAACAUUUAGUGUUUCAUGCAUAAGAACACCUAGAUCCUUCUGUACUCCACUCAUUUGUAGUCUCUCCUAAUUUAGAUAGUCUCCCUUUUAAUUCCUUCUACCAAAGUGUAUGACCUCAUGCUUUCCUAUAUUAAAUUCCAUUUGUAAAGAC